AAUUUUAGGCAGGGGGCGUGGUUUACAUCGCGCAUGCGCACUGUCACACCGGCGACGACUGUUCUGACGGUGGCCUAGUGAAAAACAAGGGGAUUACAGAGCCCAUUUUGACAGGCUUCACAAUGAGUCAGGUUAAGGACAAUGCACGACUCAAGAGCUACAAGAACAAGUCCCUCAACACAGAUGAAAUGAGACGAAGGAGGGAAGAGGAAGGCCUACAGCUUCGCAAACAGAAGAAGGAUGAACAGCUCUUUAAGAGGAGGAAUGUUGCCACUGUGGAGGAUGAUGGCCUCCCAGAGGAAGAUGGAAUGGCGGAUAGCGGCUAUUUGGAGUCCCAGGGUAACAACGUGGACCCAGUUACAGGUGGGGUGAUCUCUGAAGACAUGACUCAAAUGAUCUUCUCCAGUAGUCCUGAGCAGCAGCUAAUAGGCACUCAGCGCUUUAGGAAGCUCCUUUCUAAAGAACCCAACCCACCCAUUGAUGAAGUCAUUGCCACUUCAGGGGUGGUGGAGCGCUUUGUGGAAUUCCUGAAAAGGAGAGAGAACUGCACAUUGCAGUUUGAAGCUGCGUGGGUGUUGACCAACAUUGCAUCAGGCACAUCCCAUCAGACUCGGGUGGUAAUCCAGGCUGGUGCUGUGCCCAUUUUCAUAGAGAUGCUCGGCUCUGAUUUUGAAGACGUGCAGGAACAGGCAGUGUGGGCCUUGGGAAACAUAGCAGGAGAUAGCACAGAAUGCCGAGACUUUGUCAUAGACUGCAACAUUCUGCCUUCCCUGGUGCAAUUAUUGGCCAAGCAGAAUCGUCUAACUAUGAUGAGAAAUGCUGUGUGGGCGCUAUCAAACCUGUGCAGAGGAAAGAACCCACCUCCGGACUUUACUAAGGUGUCCCCGUGUCUCAGUGUGCUGUCUUGGCUGCUGUUUGUCAAUGACACAGACAUCCUGGCUGAUGCGUGCUGGGCUCUGUCCUACCUAUCAGAUGGCCCCAAUGACAAAAUCCAGGCUGUUAUUGACUCGGGAGUUUGUCGCAGGCUGGUGGAGUUACUGAUGCAUUCGGAUUAUAAGGUGGUAUCCCCUGCACUGCGAGCUGUUGGGAACAUAGUCACUGGAGACGAUCUGCAGACACAGGUGAUUUUGAACUGUUCAGCACUGCAGUCCCUACUUCAUCUCCUGAGUAGCCCCAAGGAGUCCAUAAAAAAAGAAGCCUGCUGGACGAUCUCCAACAUCACCGCAGGGAACCGAGCACAAAUACAGAUGGUGAUAGAUGCUGGCCUGCUGCCUCCUCUCAUCAAUAUCCUUCAGGUAGCGGAGUUUCGCACAAGGAAGGAGGCAGCCUGGGCAAUUACCAAUGCCACCUCAGGGGGCUCUGCAGAGCAAAUAAGGCACCUUGUGGAUCUAGGCUGUAUAAAACCUCUGUGUGACCUGCUCACACUUAUGGACUCCAAAAUAGUUCAGGUGGCUCUAAAUGGCCUCGAGAACAUCUUGCGACUGGGAGAACUGGAGGCCAAGAGGGGAGGAGGCAUCAACCCUUACUGUGCCCUCAUUGAAGAAGCCUAUGGUCUGGACAAGUUGGAGUUCCUGCAGGGACACGAGAACCAGGAAAUCUACCAGAAAGCUUUCGACCUGAUCGAGCGCUACUUCAACACCGAAGACGAGGACCCGUCUCUGGCGCCAGCCGUCGACCUGCAGCAGCAGCAGUUCCUCUUCCAGCAGUGCGAGGCCCCGAUGGAAGGCUUCCAGCUAUAAUGCUAAAUCCCCCCCCCCCCUCCCCUGUGUGCUCCACCUUCAUCGUCACCUCUGCUCAUUUCUCACUCUCUGCCGCGAUCAAGGGUUACGCUUCACACGGCUCCCCUCGGCACCAGAGAGAUUGAUUUAAUCAUAAUCAUGAUUAUGGAAAAUGUAACAUUACAGAAGCACUUGUGUGUGUGUGUGCGUAGCGUCCGACGUGGGUCACGUUCUGCAGUCCUUUCAGCCAGUUUGUGACGGUGCCACUUAUCAUUCUGCGUGCGAUCCCCACAUGCCUGCUCAGGCCCCGGGGGGGUCUCCUACCAGCAGGUUGUCCCUGCAAAACCACCCUGUCGUACCUUUUGGAUUUUCCUCAGCUCAUCCCAAAUGGAAGGCACUUCUCAGAGUUCUCGUAGGAUUGGCCGACCCGAUGUCUGAUUAGGUUAGGUAAGCAUUUAGUACUCACAAGACAGACGGACAUGGACGUGAUUUCUUCCCCCCCUCUUCCACAGACACACACAGAGAAGAAUGAUCAAACCCGAACACUGGACUGACCAUGAGACGUGGAUCACAUGUCUGACUGUGGUCUUGGGACUGGACUGCCCACAAUGGGACCUCAUGGCCAGUCCCAACCCAAGAACUCAACUGACCUCUACUAAAGGCACUUAAAUAACUCAAAAAUGGAGGUUGAAUUCCUUCACCUCCUCUCUCCGGCCAUUGGAUAAGUUACUACAGAUGGACAAAUUAGGAACUUGACUGUCGCUGAGGGGUGGAGCUUGUCCACCAGGCUGCUUGCAGUCCCUCCUGGAUCUCAUAUCAUGCAUUCCUUUAUCCAGCUAUGGGACUUUCCACCUGCACCGGCUUCAUCCUCAAGGGUUUAGACUGCCUCUGGUGUGACGUGAAUAACCCCAUGGAGCCACGGGAAUUGGAGUCUUCCCUCGCACUGAGACAAUUAGACUGACUUGGACGAGACAAAGCAGACUAUUUAACCGUUGGAAUGUGACCAGCAGCAGACCAGCGGGAACUUUUAUCUUUCCUUAAUUUCAUUUGCAGCACUUUAGUUCCGGACCGAUGCCUGCUCCUCAACAAUCUACCAUAGUUUUUGCAUUGCAUUGGUUGGUGACACGGCUUUUCCCUCUUCAGGAAGCAAGGCGUAAACAAAAACAAAAAAAAAGUGUGGUCUGAAUCUGCGACCUCCUUCUUGAUAAGGUUUGAUAAGGGUUACAAUGUAUGUCACUGUUUUACCAGAUUCUGGACUGAAACUCUUAGCACACUAAUUACGAUCAGUAGAUUAUGCUGCCUCAGCAAAGCAAGAAACGCUGCAUUGUAUCAAGUCAGACUUUUGGAAAAUUGGCUGUUAAAACACAAGCCGUCGAAAUGUCUUUCCAGUACACAUUCAGGUAGCAUUUUACAAUUUCAUCUGCCGCGACACAAACAUGUAUCAGCUAUUGGGCCUGAAGCUGGUCUUUAUUCAAAACAUUUGUUUCUUUUAGCGGUUAGCAUCUGCCAUGUUGUUGAUGGUGCCAUAAAUCCAGAUAAAAUGUUCAAUACUGGUGAUCACCUUAGUUAAAACCGAAUGUUUGUUUACCGAGCCCUCUUAACAUUGCUUACUUUUAUCAAUCUCUGCAAGAGAUUACCAGCUCUACAUGUUGAUUACGGUUUGUUGUAUUGAGUUUGUGCAACUGUCCCUGUUACGCCAUUUGCAUAAAAGCUGGUUAAUGAACCACA